UUAGCUUUGAAGAUGUACUUAUGAUUCAACAUCCAUGGAUUGUCCUGUGAAUGUGGGGUCGACUGGCAAUGAUGAGAUGUGUAAUUUCUACAUCGUGUUUUACACAGACAGCUCUGUGCAGGAGCCUUAUGGAGAAUGUUUAGGUAAUUCAGAACCAGAUUUAACUGGCAACAACUUCCCAGCUGAUGUGAGUUUUCCAUUACCGCCAAACCCUGCCCUUGAAGAAGAAGCCAAGGGUGUUCACAACCAUCAUGGUGGCAUGGCAGGCGGAAACAAUGGAAAAUUUUUUUUUAAAAAUAAAAACUAAUUGAAAAAAGGAAUA